UAUCUUUAUUUUGGUAACUGGGACCCGCAUCCCGGCGGUUUCUGGGUAAUUGGUGGAGGGUGAGCUGCUAGCGGUUUUAUAUGGAAGUAAACAAAAAGAAAGAUACAUUUUGAGGACGGAAUUGGAGUGGCCGCCAUUGAAAUUCUCUACCUCAUCGGUGAUGUAAUCGCCUUCGUUAUCACUGGAUUGUCACUGGAGUUCGAGACAAUUUGUUCCUUUUUAUGCUUAAUUAUAGAUUAUGCUUGCGUGGCUUUGCUGAAAGGGAAGAUUAUCCUCAGUUCAUCUAAAGUCCUCAUCAGGAUUUCGUGAAAUUAGGGAAAUCUUCGUUUUGGGUAGGUUCGUGGAAGAAGAAACACUGAGCUCUGGAGAUUUUGGGCAUUUUGGAGAGAAGGAGGUGGAUUUGGGUUUUGAUCAUUAAGUUGUGAAAUUGAAAGAUGGCUUUGGUGAGUCCGAGUCCUGUAAUGAGCUCGAUGGCAAUUCAUGGAGUUCCAGCUCCGGGAAUUAUGACAAGUAGAAGAGAUCUUGUGGACGAAUCCAUGGCGCUUGUAAUUGAGGAGAAGAUUUACGUUGCCCUUGGGAAAGAAAUCGAAAAGAACAAAUCUGUUCUCCGUUUUGCAAUACGGAUAUCAAGAGGGAGGAGAUUAUGCAUUAUUCAUGUUCACCAGCGGGCACAGCGGAUUCCAGUACCAAUAGGUGCAAAAGUUCCAGUAAAAUCACUGGACGAACAGCAAGUCAUGGAUUACUGGGAAACUGAAAAGCAGAGUAUGCUUGGGGACCUGAAUCAGUACCUUCAUCUUUGUUCAAGAGAAGGGGUGCGUGCAGAGAAAGAUUAUAUUGAGAUGGAUAAUGUAGAAAAGGGGAUUUUGGAACUGAUCUCUAAAAAUGGGAUCAGGAAGCUUGUUAUGGGAGCAGCUGCUGAUAAAUACCACUCGAAAUAUGAAAAGCGGAAAUGGAAGGACCUCAAGUCCAAGAAAGCUAUCUCUGUACGUGAUCAGGCACCUGCUUCAUGUAAGAUAUGGUUUGUUUGCAGUGGGAUCCCCAUCCAUGUAAGGGGAGGCACUUUAGAUGACAGUGAUACAGAAUUGCCAUCUCCAUUGUCCCAGGCAAGUCCAAGCAUUGAAGCUGAGGGAAAUAAUCAUUUCAGAACUCAAUCUGCUAGAAUACCAACUGGUCAAGCAAGCCCCUCACAUUUAACAAUAGGUUACCGUAGAGCAGCCACUUUUGGUGGAAAUAGUAGCGGGCUAUCAACUCUUAGCAGGCUAUCAACUCCAAGGAGCAGAUCAGAUUCAGAAGAGGGUGCUGAUGAAUCUGAUAUCUUAACAAGAGGCAAUGUCCUAGCAUACUCUUCUAAUGUCAUAGCUGAUGCACCAUUGGUCCCAUCUGUGGGAACCCAGGGGAUUGAAAGUGGAUUGAAAUCUACUUCUCUGCAUCUGUUCAACAACGAUCUUCAUCAGCCAUCGCCUCCCAGUGACGGAAGCAUGGUUGGUGGACCAUAUGAUCAAUUUAUACAAAUGAUGCAAAAAGCAGCGAACUCAAGGAGAGAUGCAUGCGAAGAGGCACUCAGUCGUGCAAAAGCUGAGAAAGAUGCUAUUGAGGCCAUCCGCAGGGCCAAAGCAUCAGAAGUCCUGUACUCAGAGGAGCUAAAAUUGAGGAACGAAAUUGAGGAAGCAUUAAGAAAAGUAAAGGGGGAACUUGAUGAGAUGAAGAACAAGCGGGAUGAAGUCAUGGAAGCACGACAAAUUGCCUUGAAGAAGACAUCAUUGCUAGAGAAUGAAGUGGCAGGAUCUGAGCAUAUGGUUAAGGAGUUGGAAGAGAAGAUAAUCUCAGCUGUGGAGUUGUUGCAAAAUUACAAAACUGAAAGAGAUGAGCUGCAGAUGGAGCGAGACAAUGCACUCAAUGAGGCAGAAGAGCUGAGAAAGAGUCGAGCAGAGGCCUCAAGUGUUCAUGUCCAUCAGUUUGUUAAUGAGUUCUCUUUCUCAGAUAUUGUGGCAGCAACUGACAAUUUUGAUCCCUCUCUGAAGAUUGGAGAAGGGGGAUAUGGGAGCAUUUAUAAGGGCAUCUUGCGUCACACCCAGGUUGCAGUAAAGAUGCUGAACGCAGAUAGUUUGCAAGGCCCAUCAGAAUUUCAACAGGAGGUUGAUAUUUUGAGCAAGAUGAGGCAUCCAAAUCUUGUCACUCUUAUUGGAGCCUGUCCUGAAGCUUGGGUACUUAUUUAUGAAUAUCUUCCCAAUGGAAAUCUUGAAGACCGACUUAGCUGUAAGGAUAAUUCUCCACCCUUACCAUGGCAGACAAGAAUCCGAAUUGCUACUGAGCUGUGUUCUGUGCUCAUCUUUCUUCAUUCUUGCAAGCCUCAAGGCAUAGUUCAUGGGGAUUUAAAACCUGCAAACAUUCUUCUUGAUGCUAACUUUGUAAGCAAGCUUGGAGACUUUGGACUCUGUCGGCUCCUAAGUGACAAAUCAGUAAUCUGCAGGACAUCUCCUAAGGGAACUUUUGGCUAUCUGGAUCCAGAGUUCUAUGCAACAGGAGAACUUACUCCAAAGUCAGAUGUCUACUCAUUUGGAAUUAUACUAUUACAGCUGUUAACAGGGCGUGGUGCCCGGGGUAUAGCCAAGGAAGUGCAAUAUGCAAUAGAUAAAAAAGCGUUAAAGAACCUCUUGGACCCUUUGGCUGGAGACUGGCCAUUUGUGCAAGCUGAGCAGUUGUCUAACCUGGCAUUGAGGUGCUGUCAGCUGGACCGAAAGAACCGACCAGACCUUGAGACAGAGGUUUGGCGAGUACUUGAGCCAAUGAGGGCUUCAUGCGGAGGUUUUUCAUCUUCUGGAUUGGGUUCUGAAGUGCAAUUCCAAGCUCCUUCCUAUUUCAUCUGUCCCAUUUUUCAGGAAAUUAUGCAAGACCCUCAGGUAGCAGCAGAUGGUUUCACUUACGAAGCAGAGGCUCUGAGAGGAUGGCUGGACAGCGGGCACGACACAUCACCCAUGACAAGUCUUCCGCUUUCACACUCCGAGCUCAUCCCCAACCUAGCUCUUCGCUCUGCAAUUAAGGAGUGGCUGCAGCAACAGUAAAAUGGAUCAGGUCUUCCAUUUUGCUUCAUAAAUCAAACGUCAUGUUCAUUGUCAAUAAAUGUAACGAAGAAAACAUGACAAAAUUUGUCAAUAUGUCUUGUUGUUAAUUUCUUUCUCCAUCACAUCGUUGUAUGUAUAUACUAUAUAGUCAGAUUGUAUUUGCUACAGGAGUAUUAACCCAAUACAUGCAAUGUUUCUUGUAAGAAAGAAGCUUUUUCCGA